UCCGCGUCAUGUGGGGCGCGCUUUGCCCGAUCGUGUUCGGCGAGCGUCGAUGGGCGCAGCUCUCAGACGCGAAGCAGUACGAGAUCAGGCUCGCGUUCAACUGCGCGGUGAACGGCAUUCUGGCGCCGGCGCUGGUGUACCCCGCGCUCACGUCCACCCCGCCGUUGAAUCAAAACGGGCUCUACGCGACCGUCUUCCCUCGGCACGAGGGAUCGGUCCUCGGGUGCGCGGCGUCAGUCGGGUACCUCCUCUACGACCUCCUCGCCAUGCUCUCCAACUUCACCGUCAGCAUCAAGGCCAACGGCGUGGUGGCGUACAACCUCUACAUCUGGCACCACGCGUUGUCCAUCAUGUUCUGGCCCGUCGCGGUGCUUCAUAAUUCCUUCGUGUUCUUCGUCAACUGGUUCGUGGCGUCGGAGGCGAGCAGCACCUUCCUCGCGGCGCGCGGCGCCAUGCUCUCGCUCGGGACGAUCAACACCCCCGUCGGCGUGGCGGUGCAACUCGGGUUCGUCGCCUCGUUCUUCAUGAGCCGGAUCUACGUCAUGCCCAAUCUGAUCAAGAGCAUUUACUACGCGGACUGGGGGCAGGUGCCCGCGUGGCAGGCGAACAUCGCCCGGUGCACGGUGCCGCUGCCGUUUCUGCUGAACAUCUACUGGUGGAUGAUGAUCCUCAGGUCCAUGUACAAGGUUAUCUUCGGCAAGAAGAGGGGCGGCAAGGGGAAGAAGGCGGCGUGAGCGUAGAGCGGUUCAGUAGUGGGAGAAGAUUGUAUUCAAAAUGCAUCGUUAGCUCC